GGGAAAGGCAAAGAAGACGAGGAAGUAUGCGGUGAUGAAGCGGAGAAUCUCCCUCACCGACCAGCGCAUCAAGGAGAAAGACCGGGCCAAACCGCAGCGGAAGAAGGAGAAGGAUCCCAGUGCAAUUAAAGAGCGAGAAGAAGUGUGCCGUCCUGUCUUUUUCCAAUAUAAUACAAACCUGGGACCUCCGUACCACAUCCUGGUUGAUACCAACUUUAUCAAUUUCUCUAUCAAAGCAAAGCUGGACAUAGUACAAUCUAUGAUGGACUGUCUGUAUGCCAAAUGUGUGCCAUGUAUCACAGACUGUGUUAUGGCUGAGCUGGAAAAACUGGGACAGAAGUACAGAGUGGCUCUCAGGAUUGCCAAGGAUCCGACAUUUGAGCGGCUGCCAUGCACACAUGCAGGAACAUACGCUGAUGACUGCUUGGUACAGAGAGUCACCCAACAUAAGUGUUACAUUGUAGCCACAGUGGACCGAGACCUGAAAAGGAGGAUCAGGAAGAUUCCUGGAGUUCCCAUCAUGUACAUUUCCAAUCACAGGUUUAAUAUUGAGAGAAUGCCAGAUGACUACGGAGCGCCACGUUUUUAG